AUGUCGCCCCCGACGCGCCUCUGCAUCUCCCUAUUGCACGCCCCAUCACGAUCAUCCCCUCAAACCCUCCAACGAUGCGCUCCCAUCUCCAUCACCGCCCGCGGUGACAACAACCAACAGGGUUAUAAACGACACCAAACCCGCCCCUUCACCCUCACCCCCCGCCGCCAUGCCGGUUCCAUGGCCGCCGCCCGCCAAGUCUCCAUGCGCCAACCCUCCCAACCCUCCAUCGCAGUGCAGAUGAAAGCCCAACAAAAAGCUGCCAUGCGCGACGGCUCCUUGCUGGAGCAGUACGGCCUGCUUCCAGGAACCGUGGUCCCGCCUACAGGCUCUAAACUGCCCUCUUGGCUCAAAGACCCGCGGGACCGAUUCGCGCUGGAAUGGCACAAGAUCAAACGCGGCGUGGUGCAGAUGAUGACGGCGUUGUAUUUUAGCAAGUGGGCGGUGCGGCCGAGGUUUUCGCUAGAGAGGGGCAAAGUCGCGGGCGUCGCGAAGGAGCUAUAUGAGGAUAUGUAUCGGCAUUUCGCGACGGGCGAUCUGGCGCCGAUUGAGCAUAGACUGUCGCCGGGUUUUAUGGGGAGUUUGAGGGCGAGGAUUUCGCAACGUGCACCGAAUACUUCACUUCUCUGGAGUCUGGAGAAGUAUCUUGGGCAGCCGCAGUUGAUCUGGUACUCUGUUGCGAUGAUGGAUCCGAAGAGGCCGAGGGAAGAUCAGACUGGGAUUCUGCAAGCUGUGGUGAAGAUUCGGUCGAGGCAGCGGUUGCAGAAGUUGCGGAGGAUCAUGGGCAAGGACCGGCAGGUGAGGGAGGUGUUGGCUGAUGCGGAGGGUAAGGAAAUACACGAGGAUGAGCUGGAGAGAGAGAGGAGGCGGAGUACCAAGGACACGACCGAAUACGUGGUGCUGCAGCGGAUCGUGAAGAAGAGCCGGCCGGGUCCAUGGCUGAUAUGGGGCACGACUGAGGAGAUGACGCUUGCAAAGAUGAAGAGGGUAGAGGAGCAGGUGUACAAAUCGCAAGUGGCAGCUCGGAAGGGACAGUGA